UGGUGCUUAUCGCAAAUCUCGAAAAAUAUUGGGUUUGCCGUUUUGCAGCUCGCAUCUGAUUGGUUCUCGAUAAUAUAUAUCGUAAAUGUCUUUGAUUAACAUGUAUCUUGUUCUCUGUAUAAAUAAAUUAUCAUGCCCAAACAAAAGAUGGUUAUUGGUACUGUAAACAAUGUCUGAUACUAAUUUUACUGGCACAGGUACUGGGGGCGACAUUCUUGUUGUCGACCUCAACAAGCAAUUUGACAAGGCUGAUAUGGCAUGGAUUGGUGCCUCAGCUGCGUUAGUGUGGAUUAUGAUUCCUGGAGUGGGUUUAUUAUACUCGGGUCUCUCAAGAAAGCAACACGCUCUUUCCCUUUUAUGGGCCUCCAUCAUGGCAGCCUGCCUCACCGGUUUCCAGUGGUUCUUCUGGGGUUACUCCUUGACUUUCAGUCACACAUCUGGCUCACCAAUCCUUGGUAACUUGGACAAUUUCGCUUUAAUGAAGGUCUUUGGUGCUCCAAGUGCUAUCACAUCCAUCCCUGAUAUUUUGUUUUGUUUCUAUCAAGGUAUGUUCGCAGCCACCACCGCUAUUUUGAUGGUGGGUGCAGGUUGUGAACGUGCUCGUUUGGGACCUAUGAUGGUGUUCCUCUUCUGUUGGUUGACGGUUGUUUACUGUCCAAUUGCAUACUGGACUUGGAACCCAACCGGAUGGUUGUUCAAGUUGGGAGCUCUUGACUUUGCUGGUGGUGGUCCAGUGCACGAAAACUCCGGUUUCGCAGCCUUGGCUUAUUCUCUUAUCUUAGGUAAGAGACACGAUCCAGUUGCAACUGGCAAGGUUCCAAAAUAUAAGCCACACUCUGUCUCCUCAAUUGUCCUUGGAACUGUUUUCCUUUGGUUUGGAUGGUUUGGUUUCAACGGAGGUUCCACCGGAAAUGCUAGUAUCAGAUCCUGGUACGCAUGUGUCAACUCCAAUGUUGCAGCCGCAUCCGGAGGUUUGACCUGGAUGUUCGUUGACUAUUUCAGAACUGGUGGUAAGUGGUCGACUGUUGGUUUGUGUAUGGGUGCAAUUGCAGGCUUGGUUGGUAUCACUCCUGCUGCUGGUUACGUUCCUGUCUACACAUCGGUAGUCUUCGGUGUUGUUCCAGCUAUUCUUUGUAACUUUGCUGUUGAUCUUAAAAACAUUUUACAAAUUGAUGACGGUAUGGAUGUCUUUGCUUUGCAUGGUAUCGGAGGUAUCUGUGGAUCCUUCUUGACUGGAUUGUUUGCCACUAACUACGUUACUGCUUCUGAUGGUUCAGUUGCUGCUGAUCCUGCAACUGAGAUUGCUGGAGGGUGGAUGAACCACAACUACAAGCAGUUGGGUUACCAGCUUGCUGGUAGUUGUUCAGUUGGUUUGUGGUCGUUUGUUCUUACUUCUAUUCUCUUAUUGAUUAUGGACAGAAUUCCUAAAUUGAGAAUUAGAUUGCACGAAGAUGAAGAAAUUUUGGGUACCGAUUUGGCACAAAUUGGUGAACAUGCAUACUUCGAAGAAGAUGAGAUGGUCAACCCAGAACAAAGUCCAUUUGUUAUUGAGCCAGUAAGAUCAACUGCACCAAGAAUUGCUAAGUUGAAAGCAAGUGCCACCUCUAAGGAACAUGAUACUGAUGAGCCAAAAACAUUUGAUGGAGUCAACGCAAGUGACUCUGGAGCUUUGAGUCCAGAUGAUGGUACAGUCAGUGACCACUCAAGAAAGUGAAGCAUCCUAGUUGAUAAUAUUCAGUUCUUUAAUGUAGUAUACCGUACGUUCAAAAUUUUAAUACAAUUGUUAUAGAUGAACAUGUAAUUCUGCUAAUCAGGU